UUUUCCAGUUUGGAGGUGGGAUUUUGAAUCUGUUUGCCUUCAUUUUGCUUCAAACUCAUUCACUUACUUUCUUUGCAAACAAACAGAGAUGGCUGGGGCUGUAGUUGGAGGAGCAUUUCUCUCGGCUUCUCUCCAAGUUCUUUUCGACAGGUUGGCUUCUCGCGAGGUCUUAAGCUUCAUCCGGGGACACAACCUCAGUGAUGAACUCCUCAAGAAAAUGAAGAGAAAAUUGCGGGUUGUCCAUGCAGUGCUGAAUGAUGCGGAGAUGAAGCAAUUUACAAAUCCAACGGUUAAGGAGUGGCUGGACGAGCUCAGAGUUGUUGUCUAUGAGGCCGAGGACCUGCUGGACGAGAUAGCUUCUGAAGCUUUGCGAUGCAAGAUGGAAGCUGAUUCCCAAACUAGCACAAGUCAGGUGCGUAGCUUUAUGUCCACCUGGCUUAAUUCUCCCUUUGGUAGUCAGAGUAUAGAGUCCAGGAUAGAGGAGAUCAUUGAUAAACUAGAAAAUGUUGCAGAAGACAAAGAUGACCUUGGGUUGAAAGAAGGGGUUGGUGAGAAACUGCCACCAGGAUUGCCAUCAACUUCUUUGGUGGAUGAAUCUUGUGUCUAUGGCAGGGAUUGUAUUAAGGAAGAGAUGAUUAAGCUGUUGUUAUCUGAUGAUACAAUGGACAAUCAGAUCAUAGGUGUGUUCUCCAUAGCGGGCAUGGGUGGUCUUGGCAAGACCACCCUUGCUCAGCUGUUGUAUAAUGAUGACAAAGUGAAGGACCACUUUGAUUUGAGAGCAUGGGUUUUUGUUUCAGAAGAAUUUGAUCUUAUUAGGAUAACAAGAUCAAUUCUUGAGGAGAUCACUGCCUCCACUUUUGAGACAAAUAACCUAAAUCAGCUUCAAGUUAAAAUGAAAGAGAGCAUCCAGAUGAAGAAGUUUCUACUUGUUCUUGAUGACAUUUGGACCGAAGAUUACAAUAGUUGGGAUAGGUUGCGGACUUCACUCGUAGCCGGGGCAAAGGGAAGCAAGAUCAUUAUAACCACUCGUAAUGCAAAUAUUGCAAAAGUUGCUGAUGCGAUUUAUACUCAUCAUUUAGGAGAAUUAUCCUACGAAGAUUGUUGGUCAUUAUUUACAAAACUUGUGUUUGAAAAUAGAGACUCGACUGCAAGUCCACAACUAGAAGCAAUUGGCAAAAAGAUUGUGGAGAAGUGCCAAGGGUUGCCUUUAGCUGUGAAAACAAUUGGAAGUCUCUUACGCUCGAAGGCCGAACCAAGAGAAUGGGAUGAUAUAUUAAACAGUGAAAUGUGGCAUUUGCCAAAUGAUGGAAUUCUUUCUGCAUUAAAAUUGAGUUAUUGUGAUCUCCCUUUAUGUUUGAAGCGAUGUUUUGCUUAUUGCUCAAUUUUUCCCACAAACUAUGAAUUCGACAAGGAGAAACUGAUUUUGUUAUGGAUGGCCGAAGGCUUGUUACAAGAAUCAAGAAGUAAGAAGAAAAUGGAAGAGGUAGGUGAUAUGUAUUUUGAUGAAUUGCUAUCGAGAUCAUUUUUUCAAAAAUCAAGUAGCAAUAAAUCAAGCUUUGUCAUGCAUCACCUCAUUAACGACUUGGCGCAACUCGUAUCCGGAGAAUUUUCUGUUUGGUUGGAGGAUGGCAAGGUGCAAAUACUCUCUGAGAAUGCUCGUCAUUUGUCAUACUUUCAAGAUGAAUAUGAUGCAUAUAAGAGAUUUGAUACCCUUAGUGAAGUUCGAAGUCUACGGACAUUUUUAGCACUGCAACAAAGGGAUUUUUCGCAAUGUCACUUAAGUAACAAGGUUUUGCUUCAUUUCUUACCACAAGUUAGAUUCUUAAGAGUAUUGUCUUUGUUUGGUUAUUGCAUCAUUGAUUUGCCUGAUUCAAUUGGUAAUUUGAAGCAUUUACGUUAUUUGGACCUUUCUUGCACAGCUAUCCAAAGGUUGCCUGACUCUGUAUGUUGUAUGUACAAUUUACAAACUAUGAUAUUAUCAGGAUGUUCUUCUCUUAUUGAAUUGCCUGCAGAGAUGGAGAAGUUAAUUAACUUGCGGUAUCUUGAUGUCAGUGGUACUAAGAUGACAGAAAUGUCAAGUGUAGGUGAAUUAAAAAGUCUGCAAUCAUUGACUCAUUUUGUUGUGGGACAAAUGAAUGGUUCAAAGGUGGGAGAAUUGAUGAAGCUUUCAGAUAUUCGGGGAAGACUUUGCAUUUCAAAGUUGGAUAAUGUUCGAAGUGGUAGGGAUGCAUUGAAGGCCAAUUUGAAGGAUAAGCGAUACCUUGAUGAGUUAGUGUUGACUUGGGAUAACAACAAUGGUGCUGCUAUACAUGAUGGAGAUAUACUCGAGAAUUUUCAGCCUCAUACAAACCUAAAGAGACUUUACAUCAAUUCCUUUGGUGGUCUUAGAUUUCCAGACUGGGUGGGAGAUCCUUCUUUCUUCAAUCUUAUGUACCUUGAGCUCAGGGAUUGUGACCAUUGCACCUCACUGCCACCACUUGGGCAACUACCAUCUCUUAAACAUCUUGUCAUCUUUGGGAUGCAUGGAGUAGGGAGGGUGGGUAGUGAGUUCUAUGGGAAUGAUUCUUCCUCGGCUAAGCCCUUCUUCAAAUCCCUUCAAACUCUAAUAUUUGAGAGUAUGGAGGGGUGGAACGAAUGGUUACCUUGUGGAGAAUUCCCUCAUCUCCAGGAGCUUUACAUUCGGUACUGUCCCAAACUCACUGGAAAGUUACCAAAGCAACUUCCUUCCUUGAAAAUACUUGAAAUUGUUGGAUGUCCAGAGUUGCUUGUGGCUUCGCUUGGAAUUCCUACCAUCCGUGAAUUGAAGUUGCUCAAUUGUGGUAAAGUGUUGUUAAGAGAGCCAGCUUAUGGCCUCAUUGAUCUUCAAAUGUUAGAAGUUGAAAUUUCAUACAUCUCACAGUGGACUGAACUACCUCCGGGACUGCAAAAGCUCUCGAUUACAGAGUGCAACUCACUUGAGUAUCUGCUAGAGGAGAGAAUGCUGCAAACCAAGGCUUGUUUUCUCCAAGAUUUGGCAAUAUCACAUUCUUCUUUUUCCAGACCCUUGCGCAGAUUUGGCUUGUCCAGUGUGUUGAAGUCCCUAAAAAUCAUACGCUCUAGGAAACUAGAGUUUUUCUUACCUGAGUUGUUGAAAGGCCACCAACCAUUCCUGGAACGAUUCUGUGUUGAAGAGAGUACCUGUAACUCUGUCUCAUUAUCCUUCUCAUUAGGAAACUUCCCGAGUUUGAGUCAUCUGGAAAUCAGGCAUCUUGGAGGGCUUGAAUCCCUCUCAAUUUCAAUUUCUAGUGGGGAUCCCACAUCUCUUAAGUCCUUUGUCAUCUGGGGCUGCCCUGAUCUUGUGUAUAUUGAACUUCCUGCUGUCAGCUAUGCAUGCUAUUCCAUCUCCAGUUGUGAGAAGCUCACCACGCUGACACACACCCUUUUGUCCAUGAAGAGACUGAGUUUAAAAGAUUGCCCAGAAUUGCUGUUUCAGAGAGAGGGUUUGCCCUCCAACCUCAGUGAACUUGAAAUUGGGAACUGCAGCAAACUCACAGGUGCCUGUGAAAAUAUGGAGUCAUUUCCAAGGGAUUUACUGCUGCCCUGCACUCUUACUUCUCUUCAACUCUCAGACAUUCCAAGUCUCAGGUCUCUGGAUGGCGAGUGGCUUCAGCAACUUACCUCUCUCAGAGCUUUAUACAUCCACGGCUGCCCAAAACUCCAAUUCUUUAGAGAAGAGGGGCUUAAGCAUCUUAACUCUAGAUCUCUUGAAAAAUUAGAGAUCAGAAGCUGCCCUGAGCUCCAAUCCUUGGCCAGAGCGAGUCUUCAACACCCUACAGCUCUCAAAAGGCUAAAAUUUAGGGACAGCCCUAAGCUCCAAUCCUCAAUAGAACUGCAGCAUCAACGCCUGGUCUCACUUGAAGAAUUAGGUAUCAGCCACUACCCAAGGCUCCAAUCCUUGACAGAAUUUUAUCCUCAGUGCCUGGCCUCUCUUAAAGAAGUAGGUAUUUGGGACUGCCCUGAGCUUCGAUCCUUGACGGAAGCAGGUCUUCAACACCUCACCUGUCUUCAGAAACUGUGGAUCUGCAGCUGCACUAAGCUCCAAUACUUGACAAAAGAGAGGCUGCCAGACUCCCUCUCUUAUCUCAUAGUCAAUAAGUGUCCUUUGCUGGAACCUCGGUGCCAAUUCGAGAAAGGCCAAGAUUGGCCAUACAUAGCCCACAUUCCACAUAUACUGAUAGAUUAUGUGCUAUUCUGAUGAUGGGUGUGAUAAUCAUCAGAAUCUGAUGGAGUCAUUAAUGCGAAGUCUCCAGUACUUGACCAAAGCAGGCAUGCCAACCUCCCCCUAUUUUAUCAGUGCCAAGGACUGUAUGUCUUGCAUAGGAUGAUUGCUUGAAAAUUCAUGGCAGGCUUUCGCAUCCAAACACCCCUCAGAUCUCGAAAGGUCUGUUCAUGGGACCGCAGAAUUAUCUCUACCCUCUUCAAGAGCUGAACGUUGCUUUCUGGUGCUGUCGUUGGAGAUGAGAACACAUGAUGAACAAGCUCUGAGUUGCUAAAAAUGAAGAACUACCUAUUUACCAGCCACACUGUAGAUUUGAUCAUAAUAAGAUCUUAAACAUCAAUAUAUAAUUUUAAAAGUUUUGAUUCCC